AUGUUUCACCCAGUUGGUGUAGACGUAGAUAGUUACUACACCUUAUUUCUUUUUUGGCUUCAAAUUUUCGGUGUCUAUACUACACUUCUCGUUGUUACUGCACUGAUUGUCAUUUAUAUUUUGAGGAAACGUCGCUCGUCAAUCCUGAAGAACCAGCGCUGCGUCCGCGCACCGCUGUCCGAGCUGGAGUUCAACGUGGCCACCCCCGACCAGGCCAAGAGCCGCCGUGUGAGCUUCAGCCGCCGCACCGGCGUGGCAGAGUUCGAGAUUACUGAAGCAACAACUGCUUGGAAGAAUGUUUACGAGCAACACAACAAGUCGCUGGAGUCGUCGGCCAACGAGUCCGGACUGAAGGCGGCGCCGCGACGCGUGGGGCACCUCGGCGCGCGCGCCUCGCACUUCGAGGACGAGGAGGCCGACGUCGUGGACGCCACGGAGCCCCGGGCCCCGCCCACCGCACAACUGGACGAACUGCCCACCAACACCAAUACUAUACAGCUCUUCCGUCUAGAAUUGAACCCGGGCCUCCGCGAGCUGACGGACAACCUCGACGUAGACUUCUCCGCCAUGGCGCCCCCCGCCGACGACCUAGAAGCCCUGCGGCGAGACCUAGAGCGCGAACCUAAGCGCGCCAACAUCUCCGACGUCAGUAUCGACGUCGACUUCAACGCUACACACUUCAGCCUGAAAGUUGAUGAUGAUGAUAUGUCCAUCACCGAUACUAUCCGCAGCCCCGCUGUCGCUGCGACUAAAAAGCAAGUCGAUGAUUGGACGGUUGAUAAAGAGAAUAUAGUUGUUAAUCCGUACAUAGCGCCUCCGCCAGCGGAGUUCCCUUGCGAGGAUGAUAUAUUAGUGUUUGAUGGGAAAAAGUGCAAGUUUCAAUCGAAAUUGGACCUUAGUGAUGCGCCUUUAGAGUCUGAAACGGAGAAUAUUCCACCCAAAACAGUCUUUCUUGAUGAUAUGACAGAAACGCAAGCGGUACCCGUGCAAAUUAUACGAGAUAAGAGUGUCCUGAAUACAGAGCGGAGAAAAACUGUAGUGUUUGGUGACGAUGGGGAUAUGUCGGUGACUCAGGCUGUUGCUGAUAAUAUUAUAGCCCCGAGAGCUUCACAGGAAGAUAAGGAGAAUCAGAAAACUAUGUACUUCGAUGAUUUGCCGGACAUGUCAGUUACACAAGCCUUACCAGCGGAUAUCAUUCAAAGCGAACCCGAGCGCAAAACCAUAUUAUACGAAGAUGACGCACACAUAUCCAUGACCGAAGCUGUGCCAGCUCGCAUACUCACAGGGUCUGAACACCUUCCCUUAGAAAACUUAGAAAAUAAAACAACUAUUGUGUAUGAAGACGCCGAUGUGUCCAUGACUGGCGUGGUAUCGGGAAAUGAAGUAAAGGGUAGUGCAGAUCGUAGAAAAACUCUUGUUUAUGGGAAUGAUGGUGGGAAUGUCUCCAUAACUGGUGUAUUGCCAGCUAAUUUAAUUGAUGAAGUAAAAAUUCAAUCUAACGUAGAUCAAAGGAAAACUAUAGUUUUUGGUGAUAAAGAUGGACAUGUCUCUAUGACUGGAGUUUUGCCGGAAAAUAUAAUAGAUGCAGCUAAAUUAGUUCCACCAAAUACGGAACGAAGAAAAACUAUUGUCUAUGGUAAUGAUAAUGGAAAUUUGUCUGUAACUGGCGUUUUGCCAACUAAUAUAAUUGAUGAAGCGAAAUUAACACAACUUAAUACGGAUCGCAGAAGAACAGUCGUUUUUAGAAAUGGUGAUGGUAAUCUAUCAAUGACUGGUGUAGCACCAGUGAGUAUACUCGAUGGAGCAAAAGUUACUCAAGAACCUAAUACAGACAGAAGAAAAACCAUUGUGUAUAAUAAUGAUGAUGGUAAUGUGUCCAUGACUGGGGUUCUACCGGCCAAUAUUAUUGAUGAAGCAAAAGUAAGGCAAAGUAUGGAUCACAGAAAAACAGUAGUUUUUGGAAAUUAUGAUGGAAACCUAUCUAUGACUGGUGUAGCACCAGUGAGUAUACUCAGUGGAGCAAAAUAUCCUAAUGCAGAUCGUAGAAAAACCAUAGUUUAUGAAAAUGAUGGGGGUAAUAUCUCAAUGACUGGAGUGGUACUUGCCAAUAUACUUGAUGGAGCGAAAGAAACUCAAGAACUUAAUACAGAUCCUAGAAAAACCAUAGUUUAUAAUAAUGAUAACGGAAAUGUUUCUGUCACUGGGGUAGUGCCAGUUAACAUUAUUGAUGUAGCAAAGGAAACCCAAGAAUCAACUGCAGAUCGCAGAAAACCCAUAGUUUAUGGUAAUGAUGAAGGUAAUAUUUCUGUAACUGGAGUAGUCCCAGUCAAUAUACUUGAUGAAGCAAAACAACUUCCUACAGAUCAUAGAAAAACUGUGGGGAAUGGUAAAGAUGAUGGUAAUAUGUCUAAGACUGGUGUCUUACCUCCUAAUAUCCUUGAUGAUGGUGCAAAGAUGCAACCGGUAAAUGCAAAACGCAGACAAACAGUUGUUUAUGACGAAGAUAAUGGAAAUUUAUCCAUGACUGGUGUAGCACCAAUUAAUAUACUUGAUGGAGCAAAUAAGCAAAAUAUAGAAGAUAAAACUGUAGUAUAUUCAACUGAUAGUGGACAUUUGUCUCUAACUGCUGCAGAAUCAGAGAUAUUUGAGGAUGCUAAGGAACAACUCGUUGAACAAGAAAAUGAGCCAGAUACAGAACACAGAAAAACUGUUGUUUUUGGUGAUGAUGAUAACAAUGUUUCUAUAACUGGAAUGAUACCAGCUAAUAUUGAAGAAGAUGCCAAAUUGAUCCCGUCCCUAAAUGAAGAACGCGGAAAAACUAUUGUCUAUGGAAAUGAAGAUGGAAACGUAUCUGCGACUGGAGUCACACAAGAAAAUAUGAUACAACAGCCUGAAACCAAUCGUAAAAGCAUUGCUCAUGGCGUUAAUGAUGGAAAUAUGUCUAUAAUAGGUGUUCUGCUGGCUAAUAUGCUUGACGAAGAAGAUGCAGUUAAAAUUACUUCUAAUCGCAGAAAAACCGUUGUUUAUGAAGAUGAUGACGCAAAUAUGUCUAUUACAGGAGUUGUUCCCAAUAUUAUUGGUGUAGAGAAAUCUACGCAAGCUCCAUAUGAACGCAGACAAACUGUCGUUUACGAAAAUGAUGUUUCAAUGACGGAUAUAGUUCCGGCAAAUAUAAUGCCUGAAGAUACCAACAUCAUAGUACCAGAGACACCAACAAGUAUUAUAUGUGAAAAUACUGAAACUCAACAGAAUGAACUUGAGGUUUUCUAUGUAAAGGAUGAACAGGUUGAAAUGAUAGAGGCAGUUACAAUUCCAAAACUCAUUGAGUCAGAUGAAGAAGGAGAUGUUUCUAUGACGCAAGCCGACGGACCACAGUCGCUAAAUAAUCUUUGUCCAGCCACAUUUAAUAAGUUAUCGGCUAAUCAGGAUAUAACCUCACUCAACAAAUCGCAGCUUGAUCCACAUUCAGCCACAUUUAACAAAUCUUUGGCCAACCAGGAGUUAGCCGCAAACAAAUCAUUAGCUGGCCAAGAAUCGGCCACAUUCGAAUCCACAGUCAAUAAAACUUUCACUGCUCAUUCAAUGUCGAUGAAUAAAACUCUAACCAGCAAUGUUUUAGUCUACGGUGCCACAACUGAGCGUGAUGCUAAGGAUGGUGAUAAUUCAUACAUAGUUGAGGGCUUGAAUUUAGAAGACAACCAAUCUCAAGAGUCCCCAAACGCCUCACUGGGUCUGUCUAAGAGCUUCACUGAGCAGUUGGCCAGGUCUCGGGUACAAGCAGUGAUGACACCACCAAAAGAGUCUAUUCUCGAUGUAUUACUUGAUAUGUCGCAGGCUUCAGGAGAAGAUAUAUGGAAUAAACCACAAAGUAGCACUGUAACUGGACCUGUCAGCGAUAUAACUAUGACUGACAGUGUGCCUACUUCUGAAAGCUACAUCCUGGUCAAGGACGAAGGACCAGAUGGACCAGCGCUGGAAGCCACCGAACCUGUACAAUAUAAGAAGCCAAAGCAUGGUAUAGUUUGUAAUCUCCAAAGGAAACUCAACGAGCUAAAAGACACGCUGCUUGUAAAACAGAAAUCUCCUAAAAGAGAUAAAAAUAAAAGUGAAAAUCAGGAUCUGACGCAUAACACCUCAAAUUUGGGUACUUCUAAAAUUACUAAUAGUUCCGAGGGGAGUAAAUCGCCAAAGAAUUGUUUAAACUCCACAAGUUCAGAUUUGGAUCCUCCUAAAAGUAAUGAGAGUUUAGAAAAGAGUAAAUUGCUAAAGCCUUCCUUAAACUCUCCGAGUUCUCCAAAUAAGGAUUGUCAAGAAAAGAACAAGUCAUUGAAGAUCGAUUUGACUUCCGAAAUGUUUAUACGGGACAAGAAAGAAUCUCCGGUAGAUAAUCAGAUACAGGUGGAUUUGACUUCUAUUGAAGACAAGGAGAUGACUCCUAUUGAAGACGAGGAGCGAGCGAACACAACUAAAUGCCAAGCAAAUGAUACUAAAGCCAUUUUAGACGCUCUGUCUGACUUUACCAAUACAAGACGCUCCGGAGACUUCGAACCCGCUCCAAACCGAGAUAGGCCUAAACGCAGCUCCGCUCCGGACAGAAAAUCCAUGCCCGUAUCAAUGGAAGACCUGCUUCGAGAGAUCUCCACGGCCCAAGCGCUUAUGAAAACUGAAACGGCACAGACAGAGAUAGACUUAGAUGCGACCGAAGACAGUUCGGACGAUCAGGCUAGCCCGCUUAGACUCAGCCGAGAGGUCGUCAAAACUCUACGUUUCGAAGACGAUGACUCCAUUCUAGAGUCUAAAGUCCUUCAAAAACCUAUAUCAUCCGAUUCUCCGCCUCCCCGAACCUCCUCGGUCAUACCGACAUACGAGAUCAGCGAUCCGGUGAAAGAGCUCAUGAAGGACCUUAUAAAACCGCUAGCGGACGUGGAGAGACCCGUACGGAGCGAGCCUUGUCAGAGCUCCCAAGCGAACCGUUUCGAUUCCAGCCAGAUCGAUCUAAUUCCCGCCAAACCCUUUCUAGUAUCUCCUCACUCCUGUUUAAGAAAGGAAAAAGAGGCUCUAGAACCAAGGAAAGAACCGGAGCCUGUAAUAGUCUUCGACCCGUCCAAUCCGCUGAACAACGUUGUGAUUCCACCGCUGGAUCGAGCGGUGGUGCACAAGUACAAUCCGGUGCAGUCGGGGCACAGCAUGAGCCCGAGCACCCCGAGCGUGGAGAGUGAGUGUUGCCAGACGGAGUCCGAGGCCUUGUCGAGGAACAUGGAUGUGGGCGUGGUGCUGGUGAAACCCGCAGUGGAGCGGGGCGUGGCGUCCCGCUCCAAGCUGGGCGCUGGCGCGGUGGACCGCGCCACCGCUACUCACGCUUCCGUUAAGGAUUGUGAAGUUAAUACGUCUAUAGUUAUGAAAGACAACCGCGAGCUCCUAGCCGACAGCUCUUCCCUCACGCUGGUUGACGACGCGCUGUCCCGGUCGCCUGUUCGUGUCAUCUUCAAGCUGGACGAGCCGUACUCGUCGGUCGUGCUGGACUCGGACCUGUCGUCUGUACACGACUCGGAGCACGGCCGGAAGAGGGGACAUGUCGCCGCUAAAGGCCCGGAGCUGGACGAGCCGUACUCGUCGGUCGUGCUGGACUCGGACCUGUCGUCUGUACACGACUCGGAGCACGGCCGGAAGAGAGGACAUGUCGCCGCUAAAGGCCCGGAGCUGGACGAGCCGUACUCGUCGGUCGUGCUGGACUCGGACCUGUCGUCUGUACACGACUCGGAGCACGGCCGGAAGAGGGGACAUGUCGCCGCUAAAGGCCCGGAGCUGGACGAGCCGUACUCGUCGGUCGUGCUGGACUCGGACCUGUCGUCUGUACACGACUCGGAGCACGGCCGGAAGAGGGGACAUGUCGCCGCUAAAGGCCCGGAGCUGGACGAGCCGUACUCGUCGGUCGUGCUGGACUCGGACCUGUCGUCUGUACACGACUCGGAGCACGGCCGGAAGAGGGGACAUGUCGCCGCUAAAGGCCCGGAGCUGGACGAGCCGUACUCGUCGGUCGUGCUGGACUCGGACCUGUCGUCUGUACACGACUCGGAGCACGGCCGGAAGAGAGGACAUGUCGCCGCUAAAGGCCCGGAGCUGGACGAGCCGUACUCGUCGGUCGUGCUGGACUCGGACCUGUCGUCUGUACACGACUCGGAGCACGGCCGGAAGAGAGGACAUGUCGCCGCUAAAGGCCCGGAGCUGGACGAGCCGUACUCGUCGGUCGUGCUGGACUCGGACCUGUCGUCUGUACACGACUCGGAGCACGGCCGGAAGAGGGGACAUGUCGCCGCUAAAGGCCCGGAGCUGGACGAGCCGUACUCGUCGGUCGUGCUGGACUCGGACCUGUCGUCUGUACACGACUCGGAGCACGGCCGGAAGAGGGGACAUGUCGCCGCUAAAGGCCCGGAGCUGGACGAGCCGUACUCGUCGGUCGUGCUGGACUCGGACCUGUCGUCUGUACACGACUCGGAGCACGGCCGGAAGAGGGGACAUGUCGCCGCUAAAGGCCCGGAGCUGGACGAGCCGUACUCGUCGGUCGUGCUGGACUCGGACGUGUCGUCUGUACACGACUCGGAGCACGGCCGGAAGAGGGGACAUGUCGCCGCUAAAGGCCCGGAGCUGGACGAGCCGUACUCGUCGGUCGUGCUGGACUCGGACCUGUCGUCUGUACACGACUCGGAGCACGGCCGGAAGAGAGGACAUGUCGCCGCUAAAGGCCCGGAGCUGGACGAGCCGUACUCGUCGGUCGUGCUGGACUCGGACCUGUCGUCUGUACACGACUCGGAGCACGGCCGGAAGAGAGGACAUGUCGCCGCUAAAGGCCCGGAGCUGGACGAGCCGUACUCGUCGGUCGUGCUGGACUCGGACCUGUCGUCUGUACACGACUCGGAGCACGGCCGGAAGAGGGGACAUGUCGCCGCUAAAGGCCCGGAGCUGGACGAGCCGUACUCGUCGGUCGUGCUGGACUCGGACCUGUCGUCUGUACACGACUCGGAGCACGGCCGGAAGAGGGGACAUGUCGCCGCUAAAGGCCCGAAGGUAACCCCGAAGCCCGCCCUGAAGGUCCAGAAGGUGUCCAACAGUACCAAGGUGUCCCGGAGACAGCGAAACCAGUCUAAAGGGAAAGAGAUCAUAGAAAGCAGUCAGUCUAGCAGAGAUUCGUCGGUGACGGUGGCGCAGCUGUACGCAUGCGCGCGCAGCGUGGCGUCCGCGUCGGCAACCGACUCGCGCUGCAGCAGAGUGUCGGACUGGCGUCCGGAGCUGCUCCACGAGGCGAGCUCCAAGAACCUGGUCUCCGAGCAGGAGUCGGGCGUCAACGUGGUGGCCAAGAUCGACGUGCUGCCCUUCAUGGGCACCUACGAAUGCGAGUGGGAGUCCCGCGCGGCCGACACGUGGUCGUUCCGGCUGCUGCGCGCGCGACUACGACUAGUGAUACGACUAGAACACCGAGCGACUAACAACACUAGAGUGCUAGUGCGGGCCGAUACCCCCGUCAGACUAGUGACCGUACAACAUGCCACCGUCGACCAAGAGCGCGCAGAGCCGGUGGCGGCGCUGUGCCUGUGCCUGGCGGCGGGGGCGCUGCAGCGCGUGUGCGCGCGCGGCGUCGCCCGCGCCGGCGCCGUGCCCGCGCUGCUGCGCCGCUGCGCUGCUAUCGCCCGGGUGGCGCUGCACUGGGGCCGCUGCAUGCGGAAAGCGAGCGCCGCACUCGCCUUCUCGCUCUCCGAAGAUGGCUGUCUCUCUCUCAAGGUGGCAAAUAUCCCGCUCCGCUCCGUAUGGGAGGUGACGCUCCGCAUCGAGCUGUGCGAGGACGAGCGCGGCGGCGCGCGCCCCCUGGCGGCCGACGUGGCGGUGCGCGCCGUGGUGGCCGCCUGGGCCCCGGCCCGGGCCGAGCUGCACGCCGCGCUCGCGCCCGUGCCCCGGGACUGGGGGCACGUGCCGCGCACCGUGUGGAAAAUAUUCAAAUAUCUGAAGAACAAGACGCCUGAAAACGACCUGUUCAUCGUGUAA